AUGAGAAGCAAACCAGGCAAUGAAAACGGAAAGAACAUUACAUCGGUGGGUUCUGCCAGAGGAAGUACUUUUGUACAAAGAACUUCGAUUGGAAAGAGUAAAGGGUAUAGUGUUGUAUCAUCUGAUAUGAAUGUAAGAGCAUAUAAUAAGAUCCUUAGGCAACCUGAUUUUAAUCCAAUAGAACAUGUUACUUCCUUUCCUCAUGAUGAUCUUGAAGCAAUGCCAGAGGCUUUGAUAAGUAAAUCAGGUAUUUUACAACCUUCAAGGUCUUAUAUACAAUGUAGUCCAAGUAUGUGCACUAGAAAAGCAAGUAGAACCCCGUCCCCACAUGUACCUAUAAUAACUGGUACCUACUGUAGUACUACUGAUAUGAAUCAUGUAUUUUCCUUUUGUAGUUUGUUGUAUGGUGUCCUUGAUAUUACUUUUUGUACCUUGAUGCAUCCCGAGCCUUCGUAUGUAAUUCAUUUUGUUGGUAGUGGAUUGAGUUUAUUUCAAUGUUUUAUUAGCAAGGGAGCGAGCACAAAGCUUUACAUAUGUGGGCUCUCCGAGAAGGUGUGCUGAAAAGAGAACUUUGAAUGGAAAAAAUAAAAAAUCUAAAAAUACAGAGUAUGAUCUGAAUGAACUCACAAAAAAUAAUAACCGUGUUCCUUUGGGAUUAGAUCCAAUGGAAGAUGAUCUUACUCUUCCUCAAGAUGAAGUUGAAGUGAUGCAAGAAACUCAGAGAAGUAAAGCAGGUUCAUGUGAAUUUGACAAGAUAAAAAAGGUUAGAGGACCAAAUUUGUGUAAGGUUGUUACAGGACUCAAACCUGGAGAAAAGCUUAGAGUCACUUUUUACCACAAUCGAGUUGUUGAGGAUAAUCACGCUUUAUUUUCGAGACACUUAGGUUCCUUAGUUAGUGAUCGUAAUAUGUGUCCUUUGCGAGUACACUCAUGGACAGACAUCGAAGAAGCUAAAUUGGAACACAUGUGGGGAGCUGUCACUGAAAAAUUUGAUAGUGAUGACAUGAUUGGUCAUAGAGAUCAUGUAUUGAAACAUAUGAGAAGGUUGUGGAACAAUUGGAAAGGAUCUCUACACAUGAAUGUGAAGUCUAAGCCAUUGCGAGAGGUUCUAAAAGAUGUGCCAGAGGGGGUCGACAAGAGUGAUUGGGAAUGGCUGGUCAAAGAGCAUUUUCUAUCUAAAAAAUUUAAGGAAACAAGUACGCGAAAUGCAAUGAACAGGUCUAAGUUGAGUAUGCCUCAUCAUACGGGUAGCAAGACGAUUAGAGAGAUAAUUUAUGAAUUGGGAGGCAAGCAUGGUAAUCCACCGGACAUGGCGACUAUCUUCUUUGAGACUCGUAAGAAGGACAACAAGCUUCUCGAACCUGAAACCAAUCAAAAAUAUGAAGAAAUUCAGGAACUACUACAAGUUGAGCCAUCACUUACUAAUAUUGAGGUAGUAGAGAGAUGCUUCAGACCUCAGAGCAAGAGUCAUAUUGUUGGAUUUGGUGGCGGGAUUACCAGUAAAGAUUUGAAAGGAGGUAGCUCUGCAAAAGCUGCACCGUUAGAACAACUAAAUGUGAGUAGAAAGGAAAAGCCUGCACUGUAAGAAGAACUGAAUGCGAGUCGGAAAGAAAAUGAAUCAAUGAAAAGAUGCAUGGAUAACAUAGAGAAGAGAUGUGAAAUGUUUGAAAGUACAAUCUUUAGAGAUCCUUCAUCACCACCAUCAUCAAGUGAACAAAAUACUGAUUGAAUCAUUUUACAGAUGGUCAAGAAUUUGAAGUCACGAAGGAUCUACAAAUUUGGAGUGAGUUGAAAAACAGUCGAAGAUGUUAGUAGAUGA